GUUCAGAGAAGCAGCAGAAAAAGGAGAACGUCGAAGUGGUUGAACUGUCAAACUGUCUGAUAGCCUAAACUGCUACACUGAUUACAGCUGCUGUUUGCUGAAUGCUUAAAUAACCAGGGGAAAGUGUCUUUUGAAGCUGUUCACAUUUGCUAUAGCUGCACUGAGAAGGCUUUUGGAUGUUUUUGUAUUUUCUUGUGUGUUCUGAUGGGAGACUGGACCAAUAUGGAGUAAAAGUCAUCGCUGGCAGGUUAAAAUCCAUUCAUGGAUUAGACCAUCUAAAGUCAAGAUCCCACAAAGAUACAAGGAUGACAGAGAAGAAAGCCUCUACUAAAGCCAUAAAAACUACGGCAUCCUUGAGCUUCUCUCUCACAUGAAAUUCACUUAACCAUCACAAUGUCAUCCAGAGGCGGAGUUCCUACAAACGUCACUGUGGAAACACUCAGUGUCAUCCCCAGCUCCUUCUCACCUACUUCCUCUCCUUCCUACCCUACUCCAACUCCACCUUGCAGCAUAGAUGAGUCCUACAAGUACAUUUUCCUCCCCAUUUGUUACUCUUUCACAUUUAUUUUUAGCAUUUCCCUCAACUCUGUGGUCCUCUACCGUUCCUUCCGCUGGACCAAGCGCUGGAAUGCUUCUUUGAUAUAUAUGGUGAACUUGGCUUCUACUGACUUUAUGUACGGCCUGUCUCUGCCAUUUCUUGUGGCUAGUUACAUUAUGCAGGACCGCUGGGUGUUUGGGGACUUUAUGUGCCGCCUUGUCCGCUUCCUUUUUUACUUUAAUCUCUACUGCUCGAUCUUCUUCCUCACUUGCAUCUCUGUCCACAGAUACCUUGGCAUCUGCCACCCUAUGAAAGUGAUCACACUGGAGACGAAGAAGGCUGUCAAAUGCACUUGUGUGCUGGUUUGGAUUGUAGUAUUUGCUUUGACCUGCCCUAUCUUCCGAUUUGCUCAGACUGGUCAUGUUACGAGACUGGCAAGGGUUGGGAGCAAUGCAAGUGCAAAUAUGACCAACCCAAGCUAUGACAUAUCAUCAGUAAAUAAUAAUGCCAGUUAUGUUAACUUGGAAGAAGUCGCUGAGAAGUACCAGAACUGCUGGGAUGAUGCCAUAGACAAGGAGUUUCCUGAUUAUGUACCAUAUGGCAUCACGCUCCAUUUGCUGGGCUUUUUUGUGCCAUUUUCCAUAAUUGCUUGGUGUUACUCACGCGUAGUUCUAACCAUAUUUAGGACUCUGCAUUCCCACCCCUCACCUGGCAGAGGGCUAAGAAUGGGACAUGAAGUAGAGGGAAGAGACAGUAGCAGUUCUGCAGCAGAUAAAAGAGGAAGAAGAGGAAGCAAUGGACUGUUGAGGGCAGUGAGAAGAGAUGAAGGGAUUUCCAUUUUUCUUGGUGCUCACUCCCCAUAUGCCAGUCGCAGGCGUAAAUCUAUCAAGACCAUCAUCACUAUCACUCUGCUCUUUGCUCUGUGUUUCUUUCCCUUCCAUGUUACCAGAACCAUCUUUCUCCUACUGAAAGUGACCAAGAGAGUCCCCUGUCACACCAUGACCACAGUCUCUAUGUGUUAUAAGAUCACCCGACCUUUAGCGUCAUUUAAUGCAUGGCUCAACGCCCUCCUUUACUUCCUCACUAAGGACAAAGGGGGUGGUCACUGCUGCCAAACAGCGAACACCACUGUCCAACAACAUGAUGGGCCUCUAUUACCACUGAGAAUGAUGGGAAAAGGGGAGGGUACAGGGGAGGGAGUGAUGCAAGAUGGGAUUGACAAAACAGAGAUUAAACCAUUCCACAGUCCGUCAUACAUGAACAGAGUAACAGUUAGAUGUAUAGAUGAAUGAAACAUCACAGGAGAAAGCUUGGUCUUGCAUGUUUUUUUCAACAUAGGUCACAUCCUUAAUCCUCCAGAUAUUCUUCAAGCAGCAUGGAUGACUUCACCAUCACUCUGAAAAUUGUCCUCAAGCAACAGCACACUGGCUCAACUCUUCAAUAUGAAUGCAGUGUUGCAAUCUGACAUGUCAUUGUUUUAAAUCUAUUCAUAGGGUGUAUUUAAAAUGUUUUACAGAUUUGAAGUACUUUGCUGUAUUCUCAGAUUUCCCUUUAAAUCUGGGGUCUACUUGAAACAAAUGAAAGGCCACACUUGGUUCAACUGGCUACACCUAAAAUGCCAGUUGUUAAAGAGUGAGGUGACCAAUGACCAAUGACUAAUGACCAAUUCGAAUUAAUAUCGCUGCAUACUUUGAGUCUCUCAGUGAGAGCAUUCAUAAUGUUGCACUUUCAUUGUGCACAAAAUAAGUAACUGAACUAGUUGUGCGAAGGAUUCAAAAAUGGAGAAAUUUAAACCCUGCAUACUUCCACACUUUGUCAAAUACUGUUUUGUUUUUUAUAAAGUGCGUGUAUAUGUCAUCUUGUCAUUAAAAAGGAAUCAGAAAGGUG